AUGUCUGAUCCAGUGAUUGAGUUAGACGUUGGCAAGAUCAGAGGAAAAAGCCAGGUUGUCGAUGGAGUUGGCAUUGAAUCCUACCUCAAAGUGCCAUUUGCUGAACCACCGGUCGGUGGGCUGAGACUUGAGGUAAGUACUACAUCUAUUAGUAUUCUUUUAUAAAUUUAAAAACAUUUUCAAAAUUUUGCCUUUAGGAUAUAAAACCUAAAAUACGCUUAUAUUAUUAUAGAAACCAGUCCCAAAGAGCCCAUGGUCAGAAACUCUGGACUGCCUUGAGUUCCCCAAGUCAGCUAUACCGUUAGUCGCACCUAUAUUAUUUCCGUUUUCCGAAGAUUGUCUAUAUCUCAACAUCUUUCGGCCAGCUGAAGCAUCGGCCGAACCAUGCCCGAUAUUGUUCAUGGUUCAUGGAGGCGGGUUUGAGUUUGGUACUGGCAUGAGAUAUGGAAAUUUGGAGGAAAAUGCCAAGAAAUUCAUUUCUACAGGCAUCAUUAUGGUCGCUAUACAAUAUCGAUUGGCUGUUUUGGGUAUGUUGUUAACUCUUGACUAACCAUAUCGUAUGCUGCCGCACCCUACCCUACCUUACCCUACCUUACCCUACCCUACCCUACCCUACCCUACCCUACCCUACCCUACCCUACCCUACCCUCCCCUACCCUACCCUGCCCUAACUUACCCUACCCUGCCCUACCUUACCCUACCACACUUUAUCCUAAUCUACUCUACUCGGUCCUACCCUGCCCUGUCCUGCUUUACCUUGUCUUGCCCUGCCUCGGACUAACCCUAGCUUGUCUUGGCUUUGUCUUUCCUUACCUUGAACCGACCUUACCCUGUAUUUUACCUUACUUUAAGUUACUCUACCGUACUAUAUUCCCUUGUUAUACCUAGCCCUAUAUUAACAUACCUUACUUUACAAACUCUAUUCUAGCCUCUCUGGACCUACUAUACCUUUCCACAUCCCACUUUUGCCUUAACCUAGCAAUAGGAUAGCUUUUUUAUCUUCAACUUAUUCUACCUUACGCCAGCCUACUCUAUUCUACCCUACCUUACUUCACGCUAACCAUACUUCUUUCUAGGAUUUGCAUCAGACGCUUCAGACCCAUCUCUAAACGGAAACCUAGGCCUAUUUGAUCAAGCCGAAGCCCUAAAUUUUGUUCACAGAAACGCCAAUGCUUUGAACGGUGAUCCAAACAAAAUCACUGUAUACGGCUGUAGUGCUGGCGGAGUAUCAACAUCCUACCUCAUGUUGAGUCCACUAACUUGCGACAAAAUAUUUGCCGGUAUUUCAUUGAGUGGCAGCGGACUGACAGCUUGGGCGAACUGCGAGCUGGUCAAGGAAAAAACCGCGGAAUUGGCCAAGGAACUGGGGAUGAAAGAAGGAGAAACGGCUAAAAGCGUGUUGAAGCGGGCUAAGGUUGAGGAUAUUAUCAAGGCUACAAGGAGAAUUGUAGGUUUAAAAUUUUUUUAAAAUUAUUUUUUAGUCAAAAAACAUGUAUUAGGCUGUUCAAAUAAUUCUGUGCCCUCUCUCAAAUCAAAUGUUAGGGAUUAGAGGGCUCAGAAUUAUUUGAACAAAUUAAUAUGUAUAGAUUUGAAAGGAGACCCGACCUGAAGCCGUGAUGGGUCAAGCCGAAGCAAAUUUAAAGGAGUCGCGACCGGUCGGGCUGGACAGUAUGCUGAGUGGCCCAAACCAAGGCCUGGCUAGUGGACCACACCGAAAAAUUGGGACUUGUUUCUUUACGGUUAGGCUGAGACAUGGGCCGGUCUUGAGCUAAAGUUGAGCUGGGCCGGCCCUUGAGCUAAGUUUGAGACGGGCAGGGCUUGAGCUAAAUAGUUGGAGCCGGCUUCGAGUUAAGGCUGAACAGGGCCGGCCUUAAGCUAGGUUUAAAACGGGCUGGCCUAAAAUCUCGCCUUGAGCCAAAGUUGAAUCGGGCCGGGUUUCAGCUAAAGUUGAACCGAGCCCGCCUCAAGCUAAACUUGAAACACUUGAGCUAGGUUUGAAACGGCAAUGGUAUGAAAAGUUGGGCCUUGAUUACGGAUUGGACCAGGCUGGACCUAGAAUUUUUUGGCUGGGCCACGCCGGCCUGAGAAACAAUAAAAACGGGCCGGGUCUAAACAUUGGCCUUGAAGUGAGUUUCACACGAACCUCAAAAGUGGGCCCGGCCCGUUUCUUACCCUUAUUUACAGGUCAUACGUAUUUGAAAUUUAAAACUUUAGGGUGAAACCUAUGACAAUCAGAAUUUCACGAUUUUUGGCCCACAUUUGGAUGGGGAAUUUUUCCCAAAAGACUUACCAGAAUUGAUCGCCGAAGCACCAAAAAAGCCCUACAUAAUGGGCUGUACUCACUUGGAAUCACUUUUGUGGAGUAAGUCGUACUUUUAGGUAGGAGCUUCAAGGUUUGAAAAAAAAUUUAAGUUUUUUUGGAAAGGAAUUUAGUAGCUCAUUACUUUUUGAACAAUAUAAUAAAAUUUUUUUUUCUGAUAUUGAGCUCAGUAGCUCAUUACUUUUUAAAAAGCCUAAUAUGAUUUUUUUCUGAUAUUAAUUCAAUGGCUCUUUACUUUUUGAACAAAUUAAAUAAACAAAAAAAUUUUAAUUUUUGAACAGCCUAAUAAGAAUUUUUUUUGUUAUGAAGUUCAGUAGCUUAUUAUUUUUCGAACAAUUUUAAUAGUAAAAAUUUUUUUUGCUAUUUUGUUUAGUAGCUCAUUAUUUUUUGAACAACUUAAAUAAACAAAAAAUUUUUUGAUAUGGUAGCUCAUUACUUUUUAAACAAGCUAAUAAAAAAUAUUUUUUUCUGAUUUGGAACUUAAUAGCUCAUUACUUUUUGAACAAACGAAUAAAAAAUAUUUUUUUGACAUGGAAAUUAGUAGCUUAAUGUUUUUUAAACCACUUAAUAAAUUUUUUUCUAUAUAGGGUGCAGUAGCUCAUUCUUUUUAAAAAUGUUUUUUUAAUAAAAUUUACUUCUAGCCUUACUUUCAAUCUCUGAUAUAAGUAACACAAUGGCCAUUCCACCGCAAAAACAGCCCAACUUUGGCCGUUCCGAUUUGGUAGCUCUAGUCGACAAGCUGGUCAAGCCAGAUAUGGUGAAACAAACUUCGGAAGCCAGAGAAGAAUUCGUCAACUUCUAUGACAAUCAAAGCGAUAAGAAAGACAAUAUUUAUUAUAUGUACCAGUACACACAACUUUAUGCUGAUUUACAGUUUAAUAUCCCUAUUUUGUUGGAGAUUUGGCUUAAGAAUUUGGCUGGAUGGGACGUUUUUGCUUACCAAAAUGAUUAUAUUAAUGAGAAAGUGUUCCCGGACAAGUGCCCAAUCAAAGGUAGGUCAGCAGGGCAUGUUGUAGUAGGGUCGGACUAGUAGAGCAAGUGCUCAAUCAAAGGUAGGUCAGCAGAGAAUGUUAUAAUAGGGUCGGACUUGUAAAGGGGAUGGGAAACAACCUUUCGUUUCGGAUUGCUGACUGGGCUUUGCUUUGGGUCCUGACCUCCGGGCCUGCUUGUGUCGGUCAGGCUACUUUCUAAUUUGAUUUUGCACUGCCAAGCCCUUUCUCAGGACCGAACUUAGUAAGCCCCUUUUUUAGUCUAACAAGGGGGGGGGGUAUACUGGGGUAGAGCCAGUGUUUAGCCGGACCGGACCGGACCCAAAAGUUUGAAGUUUGGACCGGACCGAACCCAAAAAAUACUGGUGAAAAACGCUCCGGACCGGUCUGGGUAAAACACGGGGUAGAGCAAAGUAGCCUGGCUAACGGGUCGGACCUAGAAAGCUCCCUUUCAAGUUUAAGUAGGGUGGGGCGUAGCCGUUUUGGAAUAUGCUUGGCUUGGCGCAAUUACUCGAUUUAGCCCGGGUCCUCAGGACCACAAGUGCCGGCCCGGCCCCUUUUAAAUUUUCUUUAGUUUGGUCCAAUUCCCAGGUCUUAACUUGACCUUAGGGCCUAUUUUUCUCGGCCCGGCCAAGCCUGGCCUUCUUUCAGGUUAAGUGAGGUGGGAUACAGUGGGGUAUAGCAGAGUAAAGGUAUACAAUAAUUGUCAAGUCGUAAAUUAAAUUGUUGUCAGGUCGUAAAUUAAGACCGUUUUUAGUCUCUUAUCACGGUUUGGACCAGCGUUACUUGAUCCAAGGUCAUGGCUUCAGCCAACCAGAGUUCUUCGACGAUAACGACAGAAAAGUGGAGAAAUUUUUGGUCGAUUCUGUUGUAAAUUUUAUCAAAACUGGGUAAGUAAACAAAUUUUUACUGUAUUCAAAAGCCAAGGUGUCGAAUGACGUAUUUUACAUUUUCUCAAAAAUAUUAAGUUGUUUAACUAAUUAUGCGCCCUUUCCCAAAGCAAAUAUUCAAGGCAGGGAGCACAGAAUUAUUUUAACAACCCAAUAAAUAUCUAUAGACUUGAAAAGAAUCUAGUAGGCCCGGUCGAACAACUUAACAUAAUAAAUUUGAGAAUUACAGUAACCCAUCAACGCCGACCUUUGACUGGCCUAAAACCACAGUGGAAAGCCCAUUCCAACACAUAAGAAUUACUGAAAACCCGACCUUACAACAUGACUUCUUCGCCAACAAUCUUAAAUUCUAUGGUGAUUUGAUGACAAAAUACGAAUAUGACUUCCCCAGAAUGAUUAGAAUGUCAACUGAAGAGAUGGAAAAGCAAUAUCACGUCAAAAAACUGAUUCAGGCUUUGAAGAGUGUCAAAAAAGGCAAAUUAUGA